GAAAUUAAAUGGCAUCCUGAAGUUUUAUGAAACAAAAAGGUCCACUUUAUAUAUUUAUCUACAGCAUCAUAAAAAUGAUAAAUGUUCAUGGUCUGAGGAGGAAUGUGAAGAAUGUUGUAAAAAAUUACUCAGAUGCCCAGGUAAAAGUUCGUGAGGCAACAUCAAAUGAUCCAUGGGGACCAUCUGGAACUCUUAUGAGUGAGAUUGCAGAUUUGACAUACAAUGUUGUAGCCUUCUCUGAAAUUAUGCAAGUGAUUUGGAAGCGUCUGAAUGACCAUGGAAAGAACUGGAAACACGUAUAUAAAGCCCUUGUCUUAUUGGAGUACCUUAUAAAAACGGGAUCAGAAAAAGUAACUCAGCAAUGCAAAGAAAACUUGUAUGCCAUUGAAACUCUGAAAGAUUUUCAGUAUUUUGAAGAGGGCAAAGACCAAGGAGUUAAUGUUCGAGAAAAGGCCAAGCAGCUAAAAGCUUUGCUUAAGGAUGACGAGAGACUUAAAAGUGAAAGGAUGAGAGCCUUAAAGACUCGUGAGCGAUUUGCCCGUGCUGCCACAUCUUAUGUAAAACAAGAACCUGUAACCAGACAUUAUGGUUCCUCAGAUUUUAGUCAAGGCUCAUUUGAUGAAGAUAUGUUAUCUCCUGGAGCUUUAUCACUGUCAGAGCUUGAACAUGCUCGUCCUCAGACAGCUGGAGAAGAAGAGUUACAACUGCAGCUAGCCUUAGCAAUGAGCAAAGAAGAAGCUGAUCAAGCAGAACGAUUGAAGAGAAAUGAUGAUCUAAGGCUUCAGAUGGCACUUUCUGAAAGUGAAGAGGAGUUUAAGAAGAAUCUUUCAUCUGAAAAAACACAUUUGCCACAAUCAUCAUCAGCUGUGGAGGAUUUAUUAGGUUUAAGCCUGAACGUUAAUGGCAACAGCCAGCCUCCCAUGAUUGAUCCGUGGGGUUUGCCAUUGAAUACUUCAAAAAAUGUGAAUAAACCUGAUAAUGUAUGGAGUAGUAGUCCAGUGUUGCCAGAACAGAAUCAAAAUACAGUAAGGAAUGAUCCUUGGAGUCCUACAGUAUUUGAAAAUUCAAGGAAUGAUGUGUUAAACUCAAGUGCUGCUUUUUCAGUAUCACAGGACAGCAGUGGUAAA